AUGGCUCACAGAGUCCUGCACUUCUUCGCUGACUUCUUCGUCUAUGAAACAGCCAAAUCGGUUGUGGUGAAGAGCUGGUCUGUUGGAAUCAUCAACCGUGUCGUCCAGCUGUUAAUUAUUCUGUAUUUCAUCGGCUGGGUGUUUAUGCAUGAAAAAGGACAUCAGUCCCGGGACACGGGAAUCGAGUCUGCGGUCAUGACCAAAGUGAAGGGCUUGGGCAAAUUUAACAACCGUGUGAAUGACGUGGCAGACUAUGUAGUUCCCUCGCAGGGUGGUUCCUCCUUCUCUAUCAUCACCAGCAUGGUCAUCACAGCCAAUCAGACUCAAGGACGAUGCCCUGAGACUGAUCAUAAGUUUAAAUGCACUACUGAUGAUGACUGCAUGGCAAAACUGGACUCAAAUUUAGGAAAUGGUAUUAUAACGGGCACAUGCUUGAACGAUACUAGUGGCACAACAGGAUGGUGUGAAAUUCAAGGCUGGUGCCCUGCAGAGGAUGACAAUGUUACAGAAAACUCAAUGAAAGAGGUGGAGAACUUCACCAUCUUCAUCAAGAACAGCAUUCGCUUCCCUAAAUUUAACGUCACUAGAGGCAAUUUCCCUUCAAGCCUAAACCAGUCUUACAUUCAGAGCUGUCGUUACGAUCCGGUGGACCAUCCGUUCUGUCCUGUCUUUAAAGUGGGAGAUAUCCUGAGACACAUCAAUCAAAGUUUGGAUAGCAUUACUGACAAAGGAGGAGAGAUUGGUAUUAACAUCAACUGGAAGUGUAAUCUGGACUAUAAUGUAACAUACUGCAAUCCCAAUUACUUCUUCACACGCUUGGAUGCUGCUUUUAAGAACAGCGUUGCCUCUAAAGGAUAUAACUUCAGGUUUGCUAAAUACUAUCAGUCUGAAGAUGGAACUGAGUGUCGAACGCUUCAUAAAGCUAAAGCAAUCCGCUUCGAAAUAAUCGUGUCUGGCAAUGCAGGGAAGUUUAACACUGUGCCGUUUCUGAUUAAUUUGGUGACAGCUUUAACUUCAGUGGGAUUGGCUACUGUGUUCUGUGACAUCAUCCUUCUCAACUUUCAUAAAGGGGCGGAUGAGUACAAAGCAAAGAAAUUUGAAGAGGUAUCAGGUGUUGUGUCCAAGUCAGCAAACAACAGACUAUAUGAGGGAAGCCAGAUGGCAAUCAAAGCAUUGGAGAAGAGCUCAAAUGACUCAGGGACCUUUUCUAUCGGACGACAGGAGUCACACAGCCCGCCAAACCAAUGA